GCUUUUACUCCCUCCCAGCCUCCACCCCCCUCCCCUCCCCUCUCUCUCUCUCUCGAAAUUAUUUCUUUCUUCUCUGUCUUAAUAAAUUCUUUCGGCAACAUCUCAGUUACAGUUGUGCUGAGGCCUAGGGUUCCACGUCUCAUCCUAUUUCGCUACCAAAUUAAAAUUCCCUUCUCUUGGUCGGUGAUUUUAUUGGAGACGAAGUUGGAUUCUUUUUUUCCAUCGUUCCGUGAGGGAAGUCUAGUUACCAUUCGGAAAUUUAUAGAUCGAAGGAGUUUGGUGAUCGCAGAGAGAACGUAAAACGAGGGAUGGGCCAAGUGCUUCUGGAAAUCGAACCACCGGAACUGAAGUUCACCUCUGAAUCUGAUGACACUGGAAUAUAUUCCAACACUUACCAUCUGAUCGUGUUGUCCCGCUGUUGAUUCUCCGCUGGGACCCACUAACUGAUGUGUGACCCGCCUGAACGGACGCCGGGGGAUUAGAGGACCCGAACAUGGACAUGCUUGUAAUGCUACUUGCCUAUUGUGUUGAGUUGAAGAAGCAGAGUUCGUGUUCGGUACAUCUUGUCAAUAAAACCGAUGAUUACGUUGCCUUCAAAGUCAAAACUACAUCACCCAAGAGAUACUGUGUGCGACCAAACACAGGUGUCAUUCUACCAAGAUCAACAUGUGAUUUUACAGUUACCAUGCAAGCUCAAAAGGCAGCUCCUCCUGAUAUGCAGUUAAGAGAUAAGUUCCUAGUUCAGAGUACAGUUGUUUCAUAUGGCACCAUGGAUGAGGAAAUUAUGCCGAGCUCUUUUUCUAAAGCAAAUGGCAGAUAUAUUGAAGAGAACAAAAUGAGAGUCAUUCUGGUUAGCCCACCUCAUUUUCCAGUACCGCAACCAAUUAAUGGAGCUUUAAAGCAGGAGCCAGUUUACGAAGCACCUAAUUUGAAAGAAACUCCUGUUUCAACCAAUCAAGAAAUGAAUGGUGUCGAGAAUCUUCACCCAUUUCAUGUUGCCAAGGAUGUUGAGGAUCUAAAGUUGAAGCUGAACGUUCUUGAAGUGAAACUAAAUGAGGCUGAAAAUACAGUCACAAGGCUGAAAGAAGAGAAUGGUGCAGCCAUUCAAGAGAGGGAAAAGUUGCAACAAGAAAUAAUAUUGUUCAGAAGGAAGUGUAUGGCAGGGACUCAGGUUGGUUUUCCCUUUUUGUUUCUGGUUUUCAUGACAAUAGUUGGUGUGGCCCUUGGAUACCUGUUGCACCCAUGAGAGACGGAACGAAAAGCAAAGACAAGCACAGCUGCUUUGGAGCUGGAUGCUACAAUCUGUGAUAUCAAAUGCAAUAGAAAACUACUCUUUCCCGAGGAUAAAAGAUAAAAUGCAUCAUGUAUAUCUCUCUAUUCUGAUGGUUUUGCACCAGAGAAAAUAUAUUAGGUUACAAAAGACAGUUUUUACGUUGUAUAGAGGGACAAUUUGAGAUGUUCUCUCCUCGCAGACUAACCUUGAUUUUUUUUUUUUCAUAAUAAUAAAGCAUGUUGAUAAUUUUAUAUCA